AUUUAUAGCUAUAAUGCCUAUAAUGCAAUAGCAGAGCUGCAAUCCGGCUCCUCUGCUGUUCUUCUUUCUUCUUCUUCUUUCUCACUCCAUUCCCAUCAUCUCUUUCUGGGUCUUUCUUAUUCUCCACUGAUUUUCUUUUUUUCGAAAGUGAUAGCGUUUGAGUUCUAUUGGAAUACUAAUUCUUAGAGAGAUCUGGUGGUUGCUCCAGCAUCUAACACCUUUUGUUGUUGUUAUAGCUGUGAUCUUUGUCUGCAUUUAGGUUUAGAUAACCCGGAAAUCUGGAAAGAGAAUUGGGAGAAUGAAAGGGGCGCACAAAGAUUCAGAGAAGUUGAUUUGGGAACAGAUGAGAAGCCCAUCGACCCCCAUUUCCGGGUCGGGUCAUCAUUCCCGGGCCUUGCCCAAGCUCCUGGUCUGGCUCAUCCUCUUCGUUUCCCUCACCUACAUCGUCUACACACUGAAGCUCGUCUCCACCUCACGCCCCUGCGAUGAAGAGCCUUUCCCCAAUUCCCGCCACCGACUCUCUUCCUCUACUUCUUCUAAAACGAAUAUCACCGCCACCUCAUCAUCACACUCGAUUCGGGAUCACUUGGUGUUCAAGUCUCUGCGGUCUGACUCCCGAGAAACCCACCCGACGGAGCUCAGGUACAUAGUUUUUGGCAUCGCGGCCUCGGCCAAGCUCUGGGAGAAAAGGAAGAACUACAUCAAGCUUUGGUUCAGGCCCCAGGAAAUGAGAGGCGUAGUGUGGCUGGACCACCCGGUGAAGACCGACGACGGCGACGAGGAAUACCUCCCGCCGGUGUAUAUCUCCGGGAACACGUCUCGGUUUUCCUACAAGAACCGGCAGGGCCACCGGUCCGCGAUUCGGAUCUCACGGAUCGUGUCCGAGACGCUCCGUCUCGGCCUGGAGGACGUGCACUGGUUCGUGAUGGGCGACGACGACACCGUGUUCGUGACCGAGAAUCUGGUUCGAGUCUUGAGAAAAUACGACCACAACCAGUUCUACUACAUCGGAAGCUUGUCAGAGAGCCAUUUGCAGAACAUAUACUUUUCGUAUGGGAUGGCAUACGGCGGCGGAGGCUUUGCGAUCAGCUACCCAUUAGCCAAGGCGCUCGCUAAAAUGCAAGACCGAUGUAUACAGAGAUACCCGGGGCUCUAUGGCUCCGAUGACCGAAUGCAGGCUUGCAUGGCUGAACUCGGUGUUCCACUCACCAAAGAACUCGGUUUUCACCAGUACGAUGUGUAUGGGAACUUGUUCGGACUUCUUGCCGCGCAUCCGGUGGCACCCUUGGUGUCAUUGCAUCACCUUGAUGUGGUUGAACCCAUCUUCCCCAAUGUGACUCGCGUUCAAGCCCUCCAGCAGCUUACUGUACCUAUGAAGUUGGACUCAGCAGGGCUCAUGCAACAAUCAAUUUGUUAUGACAAAUCCAAAAGGUGGACUAUUUCUGUCUCAUGGGGAUUUGCUGUUCAAAUAUUUCGUGGAGUCUUUUCACCCCGUGAGAUAGAAAUGCCUUCAAGGACAUUCUUGAAUUGGUACAGAAAGGCAGAUUACACCGCAUAUGCAUUCAACACACGGCCAGUUAGCCGAAACCCCUGCCAAAAGCCUUUUGUAUUUUACUUGUCGAAGGCAAGAUUGAGUUCAAUGAACCAGACAAUGAGUGAAUAUGUUCGGCAUCGUGUCUCUCACCCUGCAUGCAAGUGGAAAAUGGCUGAUCCUGCGAGUCUUGACAGAGUGGAGGUUUACAAGAAGCUUGACCCACAUCUAUGGGAUAGAUCCCCACGGAGAAACUGUUGCCGAAUCAUGAACUCGAAGAAGAAAGGAACCAUGGUGAUAGAUGUGGGUGUAUGUAGUGAAGAUGAGAUCAGUGAAAUAUAGCCAUAAUUAUUCAA